AUGAGUCAAACAGCUAUCGAGAGAGCGUGCGAGCGGUUCCGGCGGCAGCUCUCUGGAGAAGACAACCGACAGAUACUAGGGGUAGAGACCGUGAACGACGUUCGACAUGCGAUCCGGCAAAUUGAGCAGCAAUUAGCUGCACGCCAGAGCUUGCGAAAUCUUGAUCGACUGACUCCGUUUCUGAACGCUAUAGAUCGGCUAUCAAAACCCAUAGAUGUUCUUUGUAACGGGACACCAUUUCUGCCAUAUAUAUGGGCACCUCUCAAGCUUAUUCUCCAGACAGUCCAACAUCACACGGGUGCGUUAGACAGAUUAGUGUCUGCUUAUGGGCGGAUUGGACAAGCAUUGCCGCGCCUCAAUCGACUGGGCGAGACUUUCUGCGAGUCGCACGAUUUUCAGCAGCUUCUCUCCUAUCUGUAUAGCGAUAUUCUCGAUUUCCAUAGCCGUGCAUACCGUCUAAUUCAGAAACCAGGCUGGAAGAUAUUCUUCACAUCCGGCUGGGGUCGAUUUGAACACCACUUUGACGGACUCCUGCAAAAUAUUAUCCAAACCAGCGAAUUACUAGAUAAAGAAGCAGUAUCUCUGGACAUCUCCCAGACUUGGGAAUGGAGACGCAAGUCAUUAGAAGAUGCAAAAAAAUGGGAAGAAAGGUGGGAUUCUGAACAGUAUAACAGAGUGACAAAGUGGUUGGAAGCUGGAGAUUCCAAGUUGGAUCAGGAACCGAAGCUCGAACGACUUCGUGAUCAUUGCCGCGAAGGCACGUCUCAGUGGCUCACGAAAUCAGGACCUGUUCGAUCAUGGCUCCAAUUCGGUAGGGGGCAUUCAAUUCUGUGGCUUUACGGAAAGCCUGGCUCGGGCAAAUCUAUCCUAUGUUCUCAGCUCAUCUACUUUCUACGGAGCGAUCGUGCCAGGAACUGCUUAUUUUUCUUUUGCGACUUCCAUACGACAAGUCAUAGCGUUACUAGCCAAGUCUUGAAGACCCUCUGCGUCCAAAUGGUCGACCGGAAACCCGAGUUAGCUUCGUUCAUAUACGAUGACUGUAUUGUUACAGGGAGUAAACCGUCAAUUCCAUGCCUUAAACAGCUUGUACAGAAGCUCUUGGCCGCAUUCCAGGACAUCCGAAUCAUUAUUGACGGUAUCGACGAAGUUGAUAAUAGCCAGCAUCGGGAUAUGCUCAAAACCCUGGCAUCAAUCAGUGAGGCACAAGACAAUUGUAAACUCAUUUUUUCCAGUCAAGACAUCCCGAGCAUUCGCGUACAUUUGAGGAACAAGCCAACACUUUGUCUUGCAGACCAGUCAGCAUAUGUCACUAAGGAUCUGGAAAUAAUUGUCAGCGCAUCCCUCGAAGAACUGAACGAUAGGCAUGAUGGAGUGAUUCCCGGUCAGGUUCUUGCUGGUGUCAAAGAAGCAAUUCUCGAAAGAGCUCAAGGGAUGUUUCUUUGGGUUUUCCUUGUCCUUAAAAUCCUGGAGACGGCCUCGAGUAGAGAGGACCUCUUUAACAAAGUGCAUAGUCUGCCAAGAGACCUUGCUGAUGCGUAUAAUAAGAUACUUACGAAUAUCACAAGAGGUUGCUCUAACAAUGACAUGUCAAAGCAACGCCGAGUAUUCAGCUGGAUGCUCUUUUCCAAAGGCAAGCAGCCUCUUCGCAAACACGAAUUGAGAAUCGCGAUGGAAUUACACUCCAAAUCUUGCAUCAUGAACGAGAACACCAAGCCAUUUCCAAACGCUUUGGAUAUAUGCAAGCCUUUCAUAGAAGACGGGCCUCAGGGAUCGGUGGUCUUCAUUCAUUCCACAGUUCCACAGUUUCUUAUCGCAGACUCCAGUGGGCCUUUUAUAAACGAGCUGGAUGCGCACAGCACCAUCUCUCUUGCCUGCUUAUCUCAGCUUUUACAGAGCCUUUGCUUCGCAGCAGAAUCACCAAGCACUCCAGGGCAUCAAUAUUCGAUAGGCCAAAGCUUUCAUGCAUUACUCCCAUACGCAGUAGAGUACUGGGUCGAACAUGUUCUUGCCUAUGCCAGCAGUUCUACGCCACCUUUAUGUCUCGAGACGUCUGCAGUCGUGCAGAAGCUACUCGAACUAUGUAACUCGCAUAAAAGGCUACUACAAAUGAGUGGAAAGGACGAACUCACAAACAUCUCAGUGCCAGACACAAUUCAACUUGAUUGUCGCCUGGGCUGUUUCGAAACGUUCCCAGACGUGUCCGCUCUUUUGGCCUCUUGCAUCAGUUACAAGAAAGCUAUCAAAGGCAUGAAUGAACCGCCAUCCUCUACACUAGACCCCACACUUUUCUCUGCGAUUCGUGAAACUUAUCACCAAGGUGUCAUCCAUCUAGUAAUCCAAGACCACAGUCGAGAUUUGUCAAAAGAGGACUUAAUGGUAUUCAAAGAGGAGUUUGGGCCAACUGCAUUCGUAUGUCACGUCAGAGACUGUUAUAGGUCACUGAUGGGCUAUUCUACUCUUGCAGGCUUGAAAGACCACGAGAUACAACAUCGAGGCUUACUCAAGUGUACCAAAGCAAAGUGCUCUUUCAACGACAUCGGCUUUCCAUCCUAUCGAAAGCUCAAGGAUCACCAAAGAAAACACCACCCUAUUCAUCCACAGAUUAAAGUACCUCAGCAAAUCCGUCGCGAAUAUUCAAGGGAAUUUGAAGCGAAAGGUGCAGCAGCCGGUAAUCGAGCUGCUGCUACUGAUGCCGCGCAAACUGCUGGUGGACAGCCUGAACGACCCCAGGAAAGAACUCCGCCGAUGUAUAAACCGGGGCAUAUUAAGGCCUUGCUGAUGCUUAACGACGAAGAAAAGGCUAAGUAUGAAGUCGACUUACACGGCCUCUGGAAUAAAGUCAACAAUUCGCCUCAGAAUAGCCCGGAGCGUACUGCUGCGCGUCAAACGAUUAAAGAGUUUUCCAAAAUGCUCACUAUUAAAAUUCAACAACGAAGAAGCGAGGAAAUACGGAAGAAUGACUCUGGAGAGACAACCCAAGGGCACCCACAAGGGCAAGCUGUCGCUCAACAAGCCAAAAUCCCCGAUCACGGCAUCAGCAUGUUAGCGAGAUGA